UCGGUGAUAUGCCUGAUUUCGUAGUUCGGAAGUACUUUUUCUUAAUCGUUAGUUUGGUAGUUGUCGCGGGUCGUUCACAAGCUUUCUUUUAUAAUGUUAAGUUAACCGUGCAGUUUCCGGACGAUUAUGGCGAACCGAAUUUUAUCGUUCGUCGCAGCCUUGGGAGAGGUGUGCAGUCGUGAUAACAUAAUUCCCGAUUACGAUUUGCUGAAAGUUGAAGGCCCCUGUCAUGAUCCCGUGUUUAUUAUCCGCGCUGUAGCUGGGAAAUAUCAGGCUGAUGGUCGGGGUUCGAAAAAGCAGACCGCCAAGCAAGAAGCCGCGAAGAAAAUCCUUUUGGAAAUGGGUGAAUUAAGUCUGGAGGAUUUGAAGAUUAUGGAAAGCAAGGCUGGAUUUGAAUCAGCAAAAGUUAUUGGCAAUGUUGUGGAUGGUUGUUCCAGAAGUAAUCCAGGCGCAAUUCCGAUAAAAGACAAAGAACGCAACCGAAAUACAUACACUCCAAUUCCAGUGACCAAUCAAAUCAAUCCUUUGGGAGACUUAAUCGAAAUCAGCCUGAUUAUGGGAUGGCCGCAUCCGAAAGUCGUCGACGAACAGAAAACCGGUCCAGCCCAUGAUCCGCGCUUUACGGUGUCGUGUUACUUCGCCAAGUUCAAAACGUUUGCUACGUCCAAAUCAAAAAAGGAAGCCAAAAGGCUGGCUGCUCUGGAGAUGCACGAAAACAUGCGUUAUCAGCCGGAAAUUAUGUACAAAUAUUCAUUACGCACUGGCCGUCCCCUGGAUCCGUCUUCGGUAUGGAAUACUAACAGCCUCGAACUGAUGGGAUCGGAACCAUACGCAUCCGGCAUUGAUUUUUGCUACAGUGGCGUUCCCAAAAUCCUCGAGAUCGCCGGUGCUCAGAGCAUCGAUAUGCUGAAGAAUAUCGGCUCAGUGGACGAAAUCGCUAACCCGGAAAUCUUUUUGCGUAGCAUUAUUAAAGAGUGUCACUUUGAGAUGCAGUUCGAAAGUUUGAUGGAGGACCUAUCCUCCCAUAAUAUAGAUAGUGAUGGGGAAAUCUCACCGGAAAUUACCGCCCGGAUGUUGAAAUUGCCGCUUUAUCGCCAGAGUGGUGUUCCACAAAAGCAUUCCGAAGAUGAUUAUGAUUCCGGUGGUGAAAAUGAAACUGUGAAAAAAAAAGAUGUGGGCACCAAGUUGAGAGAUAAUUAUACGGCUUAUUGUAUUCUCAAAUUACCGAUCAAAAAUCCUAUUCGGCUACUGGGAUGUGGAUCCACUCCUAAGGACGCUCGAUAUAGCGCGGCGCGCAAAGCUCUUCAAUAUGUCAGAGUAAUGGCGCUAAAAGAUCCUGUGUAGCCCAGCGUUAUAGUCCGUCACGCAAUUUCAGAAAAGAUUUUUAUUUUAUCCAGUGUUAUGUACCAGUUUCCUUGGGGCGAGCUGUUUGAAGGUUGUCUUUUUUGAAAAUUGUGAUACCCCGAUAUGGGGUCUUCUAUGCGUGCGGUUUUUAUAGUUUUAUACUGUAUGUAUUUAUUAUUAUACCUGUUUUGCGUUUUUACAAAAUGUUGUCCGUGAAAAUAAAAUGUGCACCAUUUCUGGUCUCACAACAGUUUAAAAAAUAAAU